UUAAAAAUUAAUCUGGUGGUUGGUCACACGUAAGCAUAAACAUUUCACUUUUACUAUUUGCUCAAAGAUCAAAAUUUAAUAUUUUGUGGAAAGCUUAAUUUUUGGCUUGCUUUUUCUCCAGUUUUAGGAUUAUUUUCCAGCGUUACUGAAUUCUGAAUAACAGCUGAUGACAUCUGUGCUGUCAUCAGUGUGUCAGUCAGGUGACCGGGCCGGGAGUACCGGGACCGGCAAGGUGACAUAACAUUUGUCAAAGUGUCAAUGAGACUUAUUCCAUGAAUAACCUCGAAUUAUAAUAUUUAUUUACAAAAAUAUGAUAUUUAGUCAAAAUAAUGUUGUUCCACAAGUAUCUCAGAAGAACGACUAUCUAUGCCGUACAGGCAUACAGUUGCAGAGCACUCACUUAUUCAAAAAAUACAAUAAUAUUAGGAAUUGAAACCUCUUGCGACGAUACUGGUUGUGCGGUUAUCGAUGGUAAAAAUAGUCUUUUAGGUGAAUCUUUAUAUUCUCAGAAUGCAAUACAUAUAAGAUUUGGAGGAGUGAAUCCUCUAGUUGCUCACGAAUUACACAGGGAAAAUAUUGAAAAAGCUGUUGCUGAGGCACUUAAUAAGGCCAAUAAAACCAGUAACGAAGUAGACGCUAUUGCAGUAACGACUAAACCUGGUUUACUCGUAAGUCUUCAAGUGGGAGUUAAAUAUGCUAGGUACCUGUCAAAAAAGUAUUCUAAACCUAUUGUACCUAUACAUCAUAUGGAAGCUCAUGCUUUGGUAGCUCGUAUGUAUUAUGACUUGCCAUUUCCAUACAUAGUUUUACUAAUAUCAGGAGGUCAUUGCUUACUAGCCCUUGUCAAGGACAUAAAUGAUUUUGUAUUAUUUGGAAAAAGUCUUGACAAUGCCCCAGGUGAAGUUUUAGAUAAAGUAGCUAGAAGAAUGAAAUUAAAAAACAUAAGCGAGUACUCCAAAGUAAGUGGAGGAAGAGCUGUGGAAAUGGCAGCGCAGCUAUCCACAAACCCUGGAUUAUUUGAAUUUACUUUACCUCUGCUUCGACAUAGAGACUGUAACUUUAGCUUCAGUGGACUCAAGGAUGCUUUAGUGCGGAAGUUGAUCAAAAAAGAACAUGAACACAACUUGAAGGGGGAUGAAAUUAUACCUGAAGUGAAUGACUUAUGUGCAGGCAUUCAGUGUGCAGUUGCAGAACAUUUAGCCCACAGAACUCAAAGAGCUUUAAUGUAUUGUGAAAAGAAUAAUUUAAUAAGUCCUGAAAAUAGAAGGCUUGUUGUAUCUGGAGGUGUAGCUUGUAAUAAUUUUAUAUUUGAAUCAAUAAAAUUUAUAUGUAAUAAUAUGGGUUACAACACUUAUCGCCCACCUGCAAAUGUGUGUACAGACAAUGGUGUUAUGAUAGCCUGGAAUGGAUUAGAAAAAGUAAGAAAACAGUGUGAUAUCAGAUCAGAACUCAGUAUGCAAGAAGUAGAUCCAGAAGCACCUUUAGGAAUCAACUGUAUUAAUGAAGUUACAGCUGCCAACAUACAAACCAAAGCAACUAGAUUGAAAAGAUUGUAUAAUAACAUGGGGAAGGUGACAACAUAAAAACAAAAAUCUGUUUAGUUUGUAGAAGAAUUUGUAGUCAUCUACCCUAGUUCAGAAUAAAAACU